AUGUUUUGUUUUUUGAGUGUGGAACCUCCACGUGAAGAGGAUCCGGUUCAGCCUCACCCAGUGAAGGAACAGCUACCCGGAAUCCAAUACUGCAUCAACAGCCCUCCACCAUGGCCGGAGGCCUUUAUGUUGGGUUUUCAGCAUUAUGUUCUAACACUUGGUUUCAGUGUUCUGAUUCCUAGUUUGAUUGUUCCCCAAAUGGGCGGCAGCGAUGCUGAGAAGGCCAAGGUGAUUCAGACCCUGCUAUUUGUUUCUGGAUUGAACACACUCUUUCAGUCGUUGUUCGGGACUCGACUGCCGGUGGUGGUCGUUGGUUCAUACGCCUAUCUUGUUCCUACCAUCUCCAUUGUUUUGGCUAAGAGAUAUGCUUCAUUGACAGAUCCUCAAGAUAGAUUCAUUCAAACCAUGCAAGGAAUACAAGGAGCUCUUAUAGUGGCUUCAUGUUUUCAAAUGGUUAUGGGUUUCCUUGGCUUUUGGAGAAAUACUGUGAGAUUUCUCAGCCCUCUCUCUGUGGUUCCCUGUGUAACCUUCACUGGACUUGGUCUCUAUCAUCUUGGCUUUCCCAUGGUGGCAAAAUGUAUAGAAAUUGGCCUUCCAGGACUGAUUAUUGUAGUGUUCAUCUCACAGUAUCUUCCUCAUUUAUUGAAAACAAAGAAGCCAAUAUAUGAUAGAUAUGCAGUGCUGUUCUCAAUUGCUAUCAUUUGGUUAUAUGCACAGCUCCUAACUUCAAGUACUGUUUAUAAUCACAAACCCACAAAUACUCAGAAAAGUUGUCGCACUGAUCGAACUGGACUUUUGAGUACUGCUCCUUGGAUUUACAUUCCCUAUCCAUUUCAAUGGGGAGGCCCCACUUUCAAUGCUGGAGAAUCCUUUGCAAUGAUGGCUGCUUCUGUUGUUUCACUUUUUGAGAGUACUGGAACGUUUUUCGCCACGUCGAGAUAUGGCAGUGCAACUCCGGUGCCUGCGUCUAUCAUCAGCCGUGGUAGUGGUUGGUUGGGAGUAGGAGUUUUGCUCAAUGGCGUGUUUGGCUCUGUUACUGGCACUUGUGCAUCUGUGGAAAAUGCUGGUCUAUUAGCUUUGACAAGAGUUGGUAGCAGAAGGGUGAUCCAAAUAUCAGCUGGCUUCAUGAUUUUCUUCUCUGUUUUCGGGAAAUUUGGUGCACUUUUUGCCUCUAUUCCUCUUCCAAUCAUCGCUGCCUUGUACUGUAUCUUCUUUGGCUAUGUCUCCUCUUCUGGGCUUGGCUUUCUCCAAUUCUGUAACUUAAACAGUUUCAGAACCAAAUUCAUCUUGGGCUGUUCCUUCUUUUUGGGUUUGUCAAUACCACAAUACUUCAGAGAAUAUUAUCGCCAAGAUUUUAAAUCAGAACACAUCUACUCUGGCCAUGGAUGGUUUAAUGAUGUGGUCGUCGUGAUCUUCAUGUCUCACGCAACCGUGGCGUCUGUGGUGGCUCUAAUUCUGGAUUGCACGCUUUUUCGAGAGAACGAUGCUACUCGAAAAGACAGUGGGUUGCAUUGGUGGGAGAAGUUUUGCUUAUACAGUUCGGAUGUAAGGAAUGAUGAAUUCUAUGCUUUGCCAUUCUGUUUGAAUAAGCUAUUUCCUUCUCUUUAAAGCCUUCUUCAGCUGUUUUAGCUCUAGUUUUAUCCUUGUACUGUA